UAUAAACACGACGGUCUGGCCUGACAAUCGACAGCACGUCAACCACGAUUUCAUUUUCACCUUACUACAGCGCUCAAUGUCAUCCAUGAAGCCCAUAGUUGUCUUCCUCGUCCAUCUCGCCUUCACCUUCGCCACGCGCUGCCGCCUUCUCGAGGCCUCAUGCCAAGCGCCGUCCUUCACCGUGGAGGCCGCGUGCCGCGCCGCGGCCGGCACGGAGUACAUGUACGAGCUCUGCCGCGACGCCAUGCGCGACAUGAGCGCCCCGGAGAACCAGGUGUCCCUCUACGCGCUCGUCGCCGCCAAGCGUGCCCUGGCGUCCUACGGCGACACGGUGCAAGCGCUGGCCGGGAUGCUCCGUAACGCGUCGCACCAAGACGAGAGGAAGGCGUACAUGCUGUGCGCGGACAGGUACCGGGACUCUGGCGACACGAUGCGGGGCGUCGCCGACGAGCUCAACGGCUGCCGGUUCGCGGGUCUCGGCCAGCGGUACAGGGACGGGAUCGCGCAGCUGGAGAGCUGCAGGGACAGGCUGUUCAAGGCCAUGUCGUCGCCGCUGUACGCCAUGAAUCUCCUUGACCGGAACAAGGCCAUCCUCGCCUACUUCGUCGGUAGAUUACUCGCAGGCGUUGAUCCCUAGUUCCACAUAUACGUGCGUAGUAGCACGGUAGCAAGAUCAAUGUUGUCUCUCCAGUCUCCAUGUUGUUAAGGGUAGUAUUGUUCUGGCAGCUCGUUCCCUGUGUGACUGUAAUAAUGUAAGAUGUCGUGGACCUAAGUUUGUGGAGACUAGGCGACUAGCUAGAGACCCAUUUGGAUGUUUUGUUGGUACUAGUAAGCUUGCACGUGCACGCACGUCUCAACUAAUGCAAAUAUAUACACUAAAUAAGCCACUCUUCAAUAUUCUGAA